AUGGAAGAAUAUACAACAAAUCGAUAUAAAAUGAUUGGAAAAAUCGGUGAAGGUGUUCAUGGGUAUGUUAUUAAAGCAAUUGAUUUAAAUACUAAUAAAGAAGUUGCAAUAAAAAAAGUUCCUUUGCGUAAUAAACAUGGUAAUAUUAGUUUAACUACAGUACGAGAAAUUAAGGUUUUACAACAUUCCAGCUGUGAGUACAUUAUAGGAUUAAAUGAAAUAUUCCCUGAUUUAGUUGGAUUGUCUUUGGUAUUUGAUUAUAUGCCAUAUACAUUAUAUGGCAAAUUGAAAAGUGAAAAUAAUCCAAUGAGCAGGCAAGAAGUAAAAAAAUAUUCUAGUAUGAUGUUUAAAGGCAUAACUUACUUACAUAGUUUAAAAAUAAUGCAUAGGGAUAUAAAACCCGCUAAUCUCUUAAUAAGUGAAAAUGGUGUAUUAAAAUUGGCUGACUUUGGUUUAGCACGUAUUUACGAUAAAGAAGAUCCAGAGAAAUUAUACUCUCCACAAGUUGCAACUCGAUGGUAUCGUGCACCAGAGAUAUUAUGGGGAAGCCAAAAAUAUGGACCAGCAAUUGAUAUAUGGGCAGGUGGUUGUGUCUUAGCUGAAAUGCUUAGAGGAGUUCCAUUAUUUGCGGGUACAACUGAUAUUGAACAAUUAGCUUUGGUAAUAAGAACAUUAGGAACACCAAAUGCUGUGGAAUGGCCUGAACUACGUAGCUUACCUGAUUUCAAUAAAAUUAGAUUCCCUUAUUCUAAAGGAGAAAAUUGGGAAAAUCUAUUUCCAAGUUGCACAGGCGCCAAUGAAAUAGAUUUAGUUACAAAACUUAUUCGCUACAAUCCUAAAUAUAGACUGACAGGUGAACAGGUAAGAAGGAGGCUAUACAGGAUUAGUAAAUAUUGUUGUUAAAAAUAAUUUUUCCUUUUUUUUUUUUGCCUUUUAAAAUCAUUGGAGGCUGUACAACAUAAGUAUCACAAUGAUGCAGAAUGAAAUGCAACUACAUGUAUAAAAUUUUGUUUUAAUUAUGUGUG